AUGAUGACCACCCUAGUGUUAGCUAAUGCCUCCAUCGUGUCAGAUAAUUAUCAUUUCUUUUUUGUGCAUGGACGCUUUGGAUCGAGUUGUGGAAUUGAUACUGAGAAGCCCAUUCUGCAAGUGGACAGCUAUGUCUUUGCUGGAGAGUAUGAAGACACUCUUGGGACCUGUGUUAUCUUUGAAGAAAAUGUUGAACAUGUGGAUGCAGAAGGCAAUAAUAAAACAGUGCUAAAAUAUAAAUGCCACACAAUGAAGAAGCUCAGCAUGACAAGAACUCUUCUGACAGAAAAGAAGGAAGGAGAAGAAAACAUAGGUGGUGUGGAAUGGCUGCAAAUCAAGGAAAAUGAUUUCUCCUGUAGACCCAACAUGAUUUGUAGUUUUCUGCAUGAUCAUGAAGAGGAUGAAGUUGUAGCUCCAGACCCAGAUAAAUCUUUGGAGUUGGAAGAGCAAGAGAUUCAAAUGAAAGAUAAUUCAAACCUGAGUUAUGAACAGGAGAAACCACCAAACUUGGAUAUAGAGGAUUCUGGUCCUCUUAUUGAUAUCCCUUCUUCUGAGACAGAAGGCUGUGUUUUUAUGGAAACUCAAGAAACUGCCUUAGAAAUCACUCCUCGAUGAAAUGUUUCUCAUAAAAACUAGUCGUGAACUUUUUAGAGUUUUUAUAUAAAAUAACAGGCUUUGUAGUUUUCAGUUCACAAUUUUAUUAUUUUUGUUGGCUAUAUACACAUUUCCAAUUAUAAUAUAGUUUAAUAUACUAGAACCAUUAAG